CUUUGGUCCUCCUCGUCUAGGGUUUUGCGAGGGGGUUUUUUCUGAUCAGUCCCUUCGCUUUGUCCUGCGAUUAGGCUACGUUCAAUCGAAGCGUUCGAGGAUCAAUGGGGAAGAAGCGGAAGCAAAGAGAAGCUGAGAACAACGGCCCAGAGGAGGCGGCGGCGGCGGCGGCGAAAGAAGAUGCCGCGUCGGAGGAGAGGCCUAAGCGGACGCUGCUCGGCUGGAAGGAGAAGCCGCAGGAGAACGUGGAUGCCGCCGCCGCCGCCGCCGCCGUCGCUGCUCCGGGUUUCAGGAACAAGGAGAAGGUCCUCGUCACUUGCUCCCGUCGCAUCAAUUUCAGGUAUCGGCACUUGAUGUUGAAUGUGGUGUCGCUUCUGCCGCAUUGCAAGAAGGACAACAAGGUCGAGUCCAAGGAAACUAAAGGCGCCACUCUCAACGAGCUCGUUGAGCUCAGGAAUUGCUCCUCUUGCCUGUUUUUCGAGUGCAGGAAACAUUUGGACCUCUAUCUGUGGAUGGCAAAGUGCCCGAAUGGUCCAUCUGUGAAGUUUUUAGUAAAUGCUGUGCACACUAUGGAAGAACUGAAGCUUACUGGAAACCAUUUGAGAGGUUCGCGGCCCCUUUUAACUUUCUCGGCCAAUUUCGAUAAGGAUGCCCAUUGGAUGCUUCUGAAGGAGAUGCUCAUUCAGAUUUUUGGAACUCCAAAGGGACAUCAGAAAUCUAAGCCAUAUCACGAUCAUGUCUUUGCCUUCUCAAUUGUCGAUGAUCAUAUAUGGUUCCGAAACUACCAGAUAGCUGUUCCACACAACGAAUCGGAUAAGGUGGCUCGAGGGAGCUUGGACAAAAUGACUCUUGUCGAGGUUGGCCCAAGAUUUUGUUUGAAUCCGAUCAAGAUAUUCGGUGGUAGCUUUGGAGGCCCUACGCUGUACGAAAAUCCAUUUUAUGUAUCGCCAAACCAGAUUCGAGCGUUGCAGAAAAAGCAGAAGACAGGCAAGUAUGCGAAGAAGGUCAAGGCGAAAACAAGAAGAAGGAUGCAUGAAUUAUCAAAUCCACUGGAGCCUGAUGAAUUUGCUGAAAUGUGGAAAGAGUAAACUAUACGCUCCUUGCGCUUUGAAGCCAAGGGAAAACGAGAGAACCUAUUACCUUGUAGUCAUCAUGAAGUUACGGAAUCUUAUCUAUCUUGAUUUUGUAUGAAUUCUAUAUCGUGAUAAUUUGGCAGUUCAGUUUUGGGAAAGCUAUAUCAAGUAGAGUUUAUUCUUUUCAA